AUGCUGUAAGAUCUCUACCUAAGACAAUUUAUUUUGUUUUUUAUUUUCCCCAUAUUAAAUUCAUUAGAAUGCAACAUUACUUUUAUUGAAUCUGAUGAAUACAUUUAUUCUAGUUAAAGUAAAAAUUUUAUAGUUGAAAAUGAUUCUGAUGAUCAUUCUAAUAUUAAAGAAAAUCAAUUUCCUUUAACUCAAUAAUUAUACAAAGUUUAAUAUAAUCAAGAGGCUCAAAUUAUUAAUACAAUAAUAAUUGAUUCUUGGUUAAAUGAAUUCUUAUUAGAAAAACAACUUUGUUAUCUUUAUAAAUUAUAAGUUUAUUAUAUUACUUGUAUUUUCAAUGAAGGAUUAUUUUAGAAUAUAGGAGAACAAGAAAAAGAAGGCUAAAGUCAAUAAUAAUUUUACCCUUUUAUUGAACGUUUUAAAAUACCCAUUUACACUUAAAUAGAUGAAAAUUGUGAAUUCUUAUUCUAAAAUAACCUUUUAGAAUUAUCUGUCUUUUGCACUUCCUUAAAAAGUCUUAAUAUAUACUUUAUAAAUACAAACAACUUGACUAUUACUAAAUAAGAUUACAAAAUUGAAGAACCUCUAAAUAAAAAAUGUAAAAUAAUUUAUACAUAAUUUAUUGAAAAUUCAUGUUUAUUAAUAUUUUAUGAUUGUGUCUCUUGGGCUAUAUAUAUUUAUAAAAAUAAUCUCCUUAAGUUACUUUUAAAUAGAGAAAUAGCAACUUAAAAUGAACCUUUAUUCAAUAUCACUUUAGUUAAAGAUAUUUAAAUUUGUUAUGAAAAUAUUGUAUUAAUUGAAGAUAAUUAGUAUUAUCAUUAUUCUUAUAAAACAAACAACAGAUUAUUAUUAAACAUUAUUUAGGAAAUCUCUUUUUUAAAAUAGAUACUAUUCAAUAAUGAUUGCAAAUUUAUUCAAUAUUUUCUUGUAGGGUCCAAUAAUAAUAAUAAAUUUUAUAUUCAAAAUUAAGUCCUCAAUUAUGAAUUAGAAAAUACUCCAAAAUUUGUUUAUUUUGAGUAAAAUAUAUUCUUUAUAAUAUAUGAAGAUGAACUUGAAGUAAUCUUAAAUAAAAAAUUCAAAGAAAAGCUCAAAUUAAAGAACUUUCCAUUGCAAUUUAUGAAAAUUAAUAAUAUCUUUUAUUAAAUUGAUUAAGUAGACAAGGUCAUUAGAUUUUAUAAAUAUAAAAUAUUGAAUAAUUCUAUUUUAAGACCUUCCAAAAAGUAUUUACUAUUUUAUUCUUAUUAUUAACAAUUAAUUAGCGAUUCUCCUUCUUUUUGUAUUUAAUUGAUAAACAAAGAAAUAUCAAAUAACAUUAUUAAUUAUUCUUUCUCAUUAAAUUGUAAAUGCUAAAAUAUUGAGACAUUGUUUAUAUAAAAAACAUUAGCAUAUUUACAAGAUAAUUACAAAAUUAUAAUAAAAUAAGACCUUUUAAAUUUAAUUGACAUUAUUAGUGAUUAAUAAUCAUUUGAUUAAAUUUGUCUUAUACCUAAAAACUUACUUAAAAAUUCUAAAUUUUUAUAUUAUAAUUCAAAUGAUAAAGCUUAUUCCAUAUUUUAAACUGAAAAAUUUUUGAAUAUUCUAUUUUGUGAUAACUAAUAAUUAAUCCAAAUUUACAUUCAUAAUUAAAAGGUAUUUAAUUAUUAUGAUCGUUUUCUAUUUCUAGAAUAUUAGGUAGAUUAUUUUAGAUUUCUUAAAAUUUAAUAUGAUGAACCAAUUUAUAGGGAAUAUAAAUUAGACAGUAUUAUUUAAGAAGUUUUCCAUUGUUCCAAUUAUGUAUUAAUUUUUACCUAAUCAUAAAGUUUAAUAUUAUUUGAUUUAAAUUUGGAACUUAAAGUUCAAUUGCCUAUUAUAUUGAACCAUCUUUUGUUAAAUAUUUACUAAGCAAAUAUUAAUUAAAAUGAUAAGCCUAAAUAGUUUUGUUUCAAUAUACAUAGAAAUUCUUACAUUAUUCAGUAUUAUGAACAUUUCAUUUUUUUAAAGAAUGGUAAUCUUUAUCAUUUCAAUUUAAAAUAAUAAUAAAUUAUACAAAUAAAAUAAUUAAAUCAUCUACAAGAAGAUGGCUAUCAAAUUAUUGCUGUAGAUAUAAACGAAAAUGUGCUAAUAAGAUACUUUUUUAAUCUAAUAGAUUUAAUAUUGUGGCAGAAGUAUACUUUUCCUAAUUCUAAAGUAAUACAGCCAUUAGCUUAUUAAGAAGUCUAAGAAUUUUUUACAAUAGGAGUUAUAACCAAAAAUAUAUCUUAUACACAUAUUUUUUCAGUUUCAGAGACUAAACAACUUAAAUUGAAAUAAACUAUUUAAAUUAAUUAGAAUCAUACUUUUAUUUCAUUUAAAAAAUUAUAUUAUUUUAAUAAAAAUAAUGAGAUUUAAGUAUUAGACUUACAUAAUUUAUAUAUCUAAUUUAAACCUUUACUUAAAAAAUAAAAUAAUGUUAAAUUAAAUGAAACCUUAAUGUUUUACAUAACUAAUAAUAGUUCUAAAGUUCUAUUUAAUGUAAACCUUUCUAUUUUUGUUAAUUGUGCUAAAUUGAUACCACUUUAUAAUCAAUUCUCUAUUAUCUUAGAUAAGAAUAAUCAUAAAAUAAUAGAUUUAAAUGACCUAUUUGAAGGAACCAUCGAUAUUCUAAAAAUAUAAGAUAAUUCAAAUGUACUUUUAGAAGGUCCUUUCAUAAUAUCUCAAAUCCAAAAUGAAUUAUAGAUUGAAACCUAUAUCAUAGAGUAAUUUAAGGUUAAAGUUAAUUUAACAACUAUUUAAUCAUUCUCUAACUAUAAACAAAUAAUAAAAAUAUCAGUUUAAGAUGAAUAUUUAAUAAUUAGUAAAUUUGGACGAAUUUUAAAAGGCUUUUAUAUUAACAAUUAUUAAAUUAUGUUCAUAUACUUUAUUGAAGGAAUAAUAAAAGCUUAAAUUUUUAGGAUAAACCAAGAUGAUUUAUCUUUAAUAUAGGAUUCAAAUGAAUUUAUUAUUAAUGAUGCUUAUGAUCAUUAAGAUAUUAUAUAAAUAGGGAAUCUAUUUUAAACUAGAAACAAUCUUAAAGAUAUUAUCUUUUAUGUUUAAAAUGGUAAUAUUUAUGAAUUAUCAAAUAAAAAUGGAGUUGAAAAUUUAUUCCUCAUUUAAAAUUCAAAUUAAAUGUAUUUAUAAUUAAAAUUUGAUAAUUCUUAUAAUUUUCUUACAAUUAAUACUAUUAAAAUUCUUUAAAUGGAAUUAGAUAUUAUUCAUUAAUUUAUAUUUGAUUUCAAUAAAAUACAAGAAGAUUUAUCUUAAUAUGUCAACUAUAUUAAUGAUAAUAAAUAAUAAUAGAAAAAUAUAUAUCCUUUAUCAGCAUUUUUAAAUAAUUAAACUCUAAAUAUCAAAUGUCUAAUAAUAUUAGAAGAUUUCUCUAUCCUUCAAUUUAUUUAGAUUGAUUAAGAUAAUGGUAAUAUAAAUUAUACUUUUUUUAAAAUAGCAAGACAUCCAUAUAACUAGAUUUUUUAUUUACAUUUUAUAGAUGAAAACUAUUUAAUUUUGUAUGAAGGGUAGAAUAAUUUUAUUUUUGAUUUUCGAUUAACAAAAUAGAUUCAUGAUUUUUCAUUUUAUUAUUCAGGUAACAUAAAUAAAUUAUAUUCAUAUAAUACUACUCAUUACAUUAUUUAGUAAGACGAUAUUAAUAGUUUUACAAUUAUGUAGAUAGGUUAUAGAAUUAGUAUUAUGGAGGAUUAAAUUAAAAAUGAAACAUGUAUUUUAAUUGCAGAAAACAAGAUAUCUAAGGCACAGAUCAUUUUAUAGGUUAAUAAGAUUUAAAAUUAAAAUAAAUAUAUGCUAGAAAUUAUGUAAUUUGGAAUAGUAUUUUUUAUUUUGAUAAUUACACUUCUAAUCCUAUAUUUUUUUAUUAGAAGGUCUUUCUUAAAAUAAACAGUACAAUAGCCAAGCAGAGAAUUUUCAUUUUUAAGUUAAUGA